CCCGGGUCGGUGCGCACAGCCGCGGUCUGCACUCCUCGGGUCGCCGCGGGGUCGGGUUUCCCCCUCCUGCCCGGGCUCGAACACGUGCCUCCUCUUUCGCCUUCCCAGGCGUCCGAGCGGCAGGGUCCCCGCGGGUUCCCGCAAGUUCGGGGACCCCGCGAGUCCGGGUCCUCGCGAGUCCCGGGUCCGAGCGGUCUGGGGGCGGCGGCCGGCUGCUCCAGCGGCUCCCGGGGCGCCCGGGCCAGACGGGCGCGGAGAGCAGGAGAGGGGGGCCUUCCUGCGGGACGAUGAGGAAGCCCGACGGGAAGAUCGUGCUUCUGGGGGACAUGAACGUGGGCAAGACGUCGCUGCUGCAGAGGUACAUGGAGCGGCGCUUCGCGGACACGGUCAGCACGGUGGGCGGUGCUUUCUACCUGAAGCAGUGGCGCUCCUACCACAUCUCCAUCUGGGACACGGCAGGGCGGGAGCAGUUCCACGGCCUGGGCUCCAUGUACUGCCGCGGAGCCACCGCCGUCAUCCUCACCUACGACGUCAGCCACCCGCAGAGUCUGCUGCAGCUGGAGGACCGGUUCCUGGGCCUGACGGACACGGCCAGCUCCGACUGCCUCUUUGCCAUCGUGGGGAACAAGGUGGACCUCGUCGAGGAGCCGGCCGCAGAGCGCCCGGGGCAGGACGGCCAGGGCCCCGGGGCGGCCGGGGGUGGCGGCGGAGCGCCCAGGGCGCCCCAGCAGGUGCGGCCGGAGGACGCGGUGGCCUUGUACAAGAAGAUCCUCAAGUACAGGAUGCUGGACGAGAAGGACGCGCCGGCGGCCGAGCGGAUGUGCUUCGAGACCAGCGCCAAAACCGGGCACCACGUGGACCUGCUGUUCGAAACGCUGUUCGACAUGGUGGUGCCCGUGAUCUCGCGGCAGAGAGCCCAGGAGCCGCCGCAGACCGUGGACAUCACCAGUUAUGACACGCCCGGACGGACCAGGUCCGGGUGCUGUGCCUGACGCACCGAGGCCCCGAGCCCCAGUGUGCACGAUCGGCCAGGGAGUGACCAGCGCAGGUGGGGGGCGGGGGGCCGUUGUGGGAAGUCCAGGGGUUUCGUCGUGCGGAGGAGGAGGAGGACCCGGUGGUUUCGAGGCCCCUGGGGACGGUCACUGUGCCGGGAGUGGGGACAAGUGAAUCCCCUGCUGAAAGCACGCUUUGGAGCCAGGACGCCCAGAGACCGCCGUCCAGGGCUGCCCCUUGCCUAAAAACCCGGCCUCACCGGAGGCCGUGGCCGGGCUCUCGAGGCACCCGGUGUGGCCCCUGCACCACUUUUGUGUUAUUCUCAGACUUUGGUGUCUCCUGGGUCCUACUGUUUGGCACUGGUGUCCUGCGGCAUCACGGCGAUUCUGGACUCGAGGACGGCUACGAAGUCGGGAAUUCCUGCCUCGAUACGGGUGCCACCGUACGAGCUACACGUAUUAUUAAAACGGGUGAUCAGAAGAC